UCCAGAUUCCAAAAAGGCAGGAUCAGAGCAAAGCACACUUGUCUGCAGAGGGGUCACAUCAAAGCAUGCCUGUUGCUAGUAACGCAGGAUCAGAUCAAACCAUGUCUGUUGCUAGGAAGGGUAAGCAGAGGAAGGAUGAGGCAGGUUCUAGAAGGGCAGGAGCAGAUGAAAGCACACCUAUUUGUAGAAGGGGUAGACAAAAGAAAGGUCGAGCCAUGAAACAAAAACUGGAGACACAGCACAAUCCAUUUUGCUGUCCAGUGUGUCAUAAGGAGUAUCAAAAUGGACACGGAUUGACUAUUCAUUUGUCGAAAAAACACAAUGUGCACGGUAAACACUUUGAGAGGGCGACAACACACAAAUUACGAUGCUCAAAUAGUAAGAGACAGGGAGUAGAGUUUUCUCGUCGUGGUGGGAAACACAAUGCACAUGGGAAUGUUAACGAUGGGAAAGAGUUGAAUAGUGAAGGAAAUGUUGCAAAUGAAAAUGACCGUGCAGACACCUAUCAUGUUGACGUGAACAGGGAGGACGGAAGUUUACCCUAUUGUAUUGAAGAUCUGAGUAAAAAAAGAAGUUUUGUUAGUGAUGAGAAUGUUGUCGAAGAAGGUGGAGACUUCAGUAUGGGAGAAAAGGCAAAACGUGUUGUUGAAGAAGGUGGAGACUUCAGUAUGGGAGAAGAGACAAGACCCUGGAGUGGGCUAAGUGCAAAAAUGAAUGUGGAAGUGGGUGAAGGCCAUUGCGCAGAGGAUGAGAUGGAAGCGGAAACUUUUGUCAGUCAGAGAAAUCAGGAGAAAAGAGAACAAAACAUUAGACAAGGCAAAAAACAAACUGUGCAGAAUGGUCAAGUAUUGGUGGAUGAUUGGUUCAUUGACUUAAGUCAAGAUGAAGAGGAGCAAGGAACGAAUGGACCCUCCCACGUGAAUAGUAUGGAGGAGGAGAUGAAUAUCGGAAGAGAUUGCCAUGAUAGGACAACAACACCUCUAUCUGCAGAGUCUGUAGAGAUUGUGGCAUACAAUGAUGUUCAUAUUGCCAUGAUAGGACAAGUGAAUCGGCACACUGCAGCAGUUGACAACUUCCAUGGUCAUAUGCUCAUGAUACGGGGUAGAGAGGAGGAGAUGAAUAUCGGAAGACCUCCUGUGGUGGAGGACAGUGUGAUGAACAUCAUCGAUGACUGUUCAUUUGAUGAUAUUAAUCCUGAUUUGUACGAUAUUUCCGAGAAAUGGUAAACUUGAAAGGUAAUUUUUAUGAACGCAUGGUGUUGGGUUAAAGCAUUUGUCAU